AUGAGGCAUAUUUUCUCUGCUUUACUUGGACUGGCAGCUCUCGGAGCUGCUAGUGCUACUCUUCAUGCUGCUGCCCAUCAAUCUCCCGUAAUCAACACCACCUAUGGCGAUGUCCGAGGUGCUCCAUCUUCUUUCCGUGGGGGAAGCACGGCAACUGUCUACAAAGGCAUUCCUUUUGCUGCUCCACCAACGGGAUCCAACCGCUGGAAAGCCCCAAAGAAGCCAAGGUCAUGGAGUGGCGUGCUCAAUGCCACUGAAUUUGGUCCUCAAUGCGCCCAAACCAUCAGCGACGCAGGCAUUUUCUCCAGCGGCAAGAAUAUCACGAGCGAGGACUGUUUGUACUUAAACGUCUGGACGCCAACGUACAACGAUACUUCGGAAAUUACGACCAAGAAUCUUCCCGUGUUCCUCUGGAUCUACGGUGGCCGCUUCACAGGCGGUUCCGGAGACGUUAUCACCUAUGACGGAACGGGUCUAGCGUCAAAGGAUAUCAUCGUCGUGACUAUCAAUUACCGUCUCGGUCCCUUUGGCUUCUUCGCACAUCCAGAGCUUUCCGCUGAGUCUGGACGCAACACCUCCGGGAACUACGGUAUCUUGGACCAGCAAGCAGCGCUUCGAUGGGUUCAUGAGAAUAUCCGGAACUUCGGUGGAAACCCCGAUCAGGUUACUGUUGGUGGUCAGUCAGCUGGCUCUGCAAGUGCUUUGGAUGCUAUGUGGAGUCCUCUAGUCAAGGGCCUUGCUCAUGGCGUCAUUGCGGAAAGUGGUGCUCGUGGACCACAUGACCCUGUCACGGGCAGCGCAGCGACUAGUUAUCGGAGCAAGGAAGCGGCAGAGUCUCAUGGAGUGAGGUUCCUCGAGGAACUGAAUGUCUCUUCCAUCGCGCAGUUGCGGAACGUCUCUAUGGAAACUCUGCUCGAGUACGAUUCGCUGAGUGACACGAUCUUCGAAAACACCCAGUUUGAAAACCUGACAUCCGCAUUCAUGGAACCUCCCAUGUGGCGUCCCAACCUCGACGGCUAUGUUUUCCCGCACACCUAUGGUGAAGCCCUUCGUCUGAAUGGCCAUUCUGAUAUCCCAAUUCUCACAGGCAACAAUAAGGAUGAAUCCGGUGCCAGUCCCGACACGAGCUACAACGUUUCGACAUACCACACGCUUUAUCAGGAACUCUUCGGUGAUUUCGCAGACGAGUUCUUCCAGCUUUAUCCCGCGAACAACAGCACCCAAGCCAGCGAGAACAGUAACGAGUUCUUCCGCGACCUCAGCAGAGUCGGAACCUGGCGCUGGGCAGUCGACUGGGCGGCUGGCGGUGCAAAGAGCAACGUCUAUACGUACUAUUUCACUCGCGCGCCUGCUGAGAACCGCGAUAAAGGGGCAUACCAUGGCUCUGAGAUUUGGUACACGUUCAACAACAUCCCGUACUCUGAUUACUCGAACGUCACUUGGUAUGACUAUGACUUUGUUGUUGAGGGUCGGAUGUCUGAGUACUGGGCCAACUUUAUCCGCAAGGGUGACCCCAAUGGUGAUGGGCUGCCCAGGUUUGUCAAGACGACAAACCAAACGAAGGAGACGAUGUGGUUGGGCAACUCUUGGGGAGCUGGUCCUCUUUCUAUUCAGGAUAAGCGUAUUGACUUUAUUGAGCGUUGGUAUGCUACUUUGAAGGAAUGGUGA